AUGGAGUUCCGCCCUAUUAGCUUAUGCAAUGUGUUAUACAAACUGGUGUCUAAGGUUUUGGCAAACCGACUCAAAGAAGUGCUAGACAAAGUGAUUGGAUGUGCUCAAAGUACUUUUGUGCCUGGGCGUAUUAUCACUAAUAACAUUAUGGCGGCCUUUGAGUGUUUCCAUUCCAUGAAACGAAAGAAAGAGAGGAGAAAGGGCUUUGCGGCAGCAAAGAUUGAUAUGGCGAAGGCCUACGAUAGAGUUGAGUGGAGAUUCCUUGAGGGUAUAAUGGGCAAAAUGGAGUUUGAGACCCGUUGGAUCUCGCUGAUGAUGAUGUGCGUAAAGUCGGUGGAGUACUUGGUGCUGGUUAACCGGCAUCUGUCGGAGGCGUUCUUACCGGAGAGAGGCUUACGACAGGGGGACCCUUUGUCGCCAUACCUUUUCCUGCUAUGUGCGGAGGGCCUGUCCUCAUACACGGACAAAGAGGUGGCGGAAGGAAGAAUCCAUGGUCUCCAGCCGGCUAGGGGUGCCCCCGUGGUGUCCCACAUGUUUUUCGCUGACGAUAGUAUUUUCUUUUUCAGGGCCACUACCCAAGAGAGCUUGCAGCUGAAGAGGAUCUUACAUGACUAUGAGCCGGAGUCAGGUCAACUUGUUAAUUUCCAGAAAUCGGAAGUAUCGUUCAGCAAGAAUAUCAAACCCCACGGAAGGUUGCUAGUGGGCGGAGUCCUUGGGAUGAAAACUGUGGAAAUGCACGACAAAUAUCUGGGGCUCGCCACAGAAGCGGGAAGAUCAAAGAAAGAACUAUUUGUUGAGUUGAAAGACAGAAUUUGGAAGAAGCUCAAGGGGUGGAAAGAAAAAACAAUGUCUGCCGCAGCAAGGGAAGUGAUGAUCAAAUCGGUGGCACAAGCGCAACUAACUUAUGUGAUGUCGGUUUUUCGAAUCCCGGAGGGCAUAAUAGAGGAAAUCAACAAUCUGAUGCUGAACUUUUGGUGGGACCAAAGAGGUUCGGAGAGACGGGCUCAUUGGGUGAAAAAUGAAGAACUAGUCUUACCGAAGGAGGAGGGAGGACUUGGUUUCAGGGACUUGCGCGGAUUUAAUACAGCGCUUCUUGCAAAACAGCUUUGGAGGCUUCAUAAACGGCCGACUUCGCUAGCUGCCCGUAUAAUGAAAGCCAAGUACCAUAAGAAGGAGAGUGUUCUGGAGGCGGUGUGUGGUCAUAACCCAAGCUUCAUUUGGCGAUCAAUCACGAGUGCACAAGAUUUCUUUCACAGUGGGUUACGAUGGAGAAUCGGAAAUGGAACGGAGGUGAGGAUCUGGGGGGAUAAGUGGAUUCCAAUGGAGCAGGGCUGGUUUGUACCUUCACCUCCAUGGGUUUGCCAGUGGAUUCCUAUGUUAGAGAGCUAA